UAACUUUUUUUUUUCUGGAGGACGAGGACCAUCAACUGUUGUGGUGUCGCUUCUGAGCUCAUCUUCCGCCACAUCUCGAAUUAUUCUACGCAGAUUCUCUUUGUCUUCGAGGCGACAUCAAACCCCCUUCAGUGUUUCCUGGUUCCUUCUGGUUGAAUCUGACAACAUUCAAACACGUCAGCAGGAUAUAAAAGGAACCAUGCUGAUCAUCCUCGCCUUCAUCCUCCUCUUCCACCUGGCUUCUGCUGUCCUUCUCUUGGUCGCCACGAUCCAUAAUGCCUGGUGGGUGGUGUCAGCGACUGGACGAGAACCAAUCUUCUCUGACCUGUGGUACUCCUGUAACUCCACCUGCUACCCAAUUUCAAACAGUCACACUGCUGAUGCUGCCUAUCUACAGGCGGUUCAGGCGACAAUGAUUCUCGCCACUAUUCUAUGUGUCAUCAGCUUCUUCGUCUUCAUCCUGCAGCUUUUCAGAAUUAAACAGGGAGAAAGAUUCAUUUUCACCGCCAUCAUCCAACUGUUUGCCUCUCUCUGCGUGAUGGUUGGUGCCUCCAUCUACACGGCGGAGAACAAGUCCUUCCACCUCCCCAGUCUCCAAGAAGGUUCUUAUGGAUCCUCUUACAUCCUGGCCUGGGUCAGCUUCCCUAUGACCUUCAUCAGUGGCCUCAUGUACCUGGUGCUGCGGAAACGCAAAUAAGAGCCCAUGAUUUUUUAAAUUCAAUUUCAUCUCUACCAUUUCAGUUGCAAAUACAUGUUGCACAAGAGACAUCAUCUAAUAUUGGUUUCACGUGUGACCCGGUGUUAGUGAAGUGCCACUCCUUUAUACAGAAAAUGUGUAUCAACAUACCAAGUCCAACACAAUGGGUCAAAGUCACCAUGAAAUGAAAAGUUACAUUUCUUUGUUUUUUAACUUCACACCCUCUAAAACAUUUCAAUGUAAAGUACGGUUAAAUGUCGUUUCAUUAUUACAUGGUGAGCUCAAUAGCAGCAUAACAAAAUAAUACUACAUUUCUUGCAUUUGCUGUGCCGUGCGUAUGAUUAUGAAUUUAGUUUUUUGAACAGUGGAUAUAGUGCGGGUUAGUGUAAAUUCAAAAUGUCAUCUAAAAAUAAUGCAUAAAAUUGCAAAAGACAUGUACUUGAGGCUUAUUUUUAAUUCAGUGAGGAAUAGAAGUGUAAUGAUGACCAGUUCAUAAAGGAAAUGUAUCAAAAAAGAGACAUAAUAUACAACAAAAUAUGAAUGAGCAAACGUUGGGCUAAUAUGUCAAAUACAGUCAAUAUCUGUUAAAGAAUGGCAAAUACAAAGUUGGCUACUAUAAGAGGGACAAUUUACCUUUUAACUUUACAUUUAAUAUAGAAUUAGCCAAGGUAAAUAAAACAUGUCUUUUCAACUAAUUUCAUUCAAACAGUGUCAUUUUAAACAAAAUACAUUUUGCAAAAUAUAAAUGUUUCACUUUAAAUAGUUCAUUGUUUCCCUUCUGGAAACCUGCUAAACAUUAAAAGAUGUCUUUUGUACAUAUUUACUGUGCAAGUGUGGGAUGCAUUCCAAGGAUGCAUCGCUGAAAUUUGGAUCCGAAACUCAACAUUAAAUAAAUGUAGGAUGUGAAGUGAAUUUAUCAAAUGUAGGAAUCGAACACAUGCUCUGUUAGUGAACAAACAUGUUGUGUGGUUUUAAUUGGCAAAGUGAACAUUGUUUGUGACAAGAACUUCUCUGUGCUUUGUUGAGAACGGACCACAGCUAUUUAUUUAAAUUGUAAAUGUCGUGUCUAAGGUCAAUGAAGACUGUUGUGCCUGUGUUCUCUCUCUGUGCUUGGGAUACUGCUGAUUUCAAUUGUGUCUGGCUUCAGAUUUGCGCCGGCACCUAAACAGAAAUACUGUACAAUAACUGUAGUGCUGCUGUACUGUAGCUGUUUGGCAGACCAGCAUUUUCUUCGCUCAACUUCAUGUGAGUUGAGAGAUGAGUUUGUUGGGACAGUACAGAGUAACAUCUGAGAAGAGAAGGGUCAGCUCUAUUUUCAGAACACAAUACUUGAAAAGGAUGGAACAUUAGAAUCAUGUUGUCUUCCAUGUUUGUUGAACCUCAGUGUGGAUCUGCAGCGUUCUGUCUUUGGUGUGCUUUGCUUUCGUGCUGGUGCCUGUCCAUGAGCAUGCUUGUACAGAUAUUAAGAACAAAAACACUGAAUGAUAUGAGUUUGUGAUUGUCUUAUCGGGCCUUGUUAUUGUAAUUAUUGCUUAGAUCAGGGGUUUCUCAGAAGCAGGUGUUUUGACGGCUGCUUUUGUUCCUGCCAACCAAGCAGCACCACGGUUUAUCACUUGAUUUGAACGUUUGAUUGUUGUGAGCUCUGGCUUCUUGGAAUAAUACCACAUCUGUUAUUGCUACGCUUUUUUGUCAUUAAUGGAACCAAUGAAGCUUUGUUGUAC